CGGGGCUUCGGCGUUAGCAGCUCGGGCUAAUCCGGCUAACGGCUAACGGUUGGGGCUAGUGGCGCGGCGAUGGCGGAGCUGGUGCAGGGACAGGCCUCGAUCAACCAGCCGGCGCUCAAGUCCGACGGCCUGGUGGACGCCUUCCAGAGAGCUCGGCAGAUGGUGGGAAAGAUGGGCGCUGAAGGCCUUCCUCACAUGAACAACUCCUCUUCUUCUGUGGAACAGUCUCUGUACUACAGCGGCCAGAAACGCGAGGACACAGGGAACCAGCUGGGAGCCAUGAGCCAUCAGAGAGUGAUCACAGAGGAUUACAAGGUCCCAGACAAAAUGGUGGGAUUCAUCAUCGGUCGGGGAGGGGAGCAGAUCACCAGAAUCCAGCUGGAGUCGGGCUGUAAAAUUCAGAUCGCAGCAGACAGUGGAGGUCUGAUGGAGCGGCCAUGUUCUCUCACUGGGACCCCAGAGAGCAUCGAACAGGCGAAGCGUUUGCUGGUUCAGAUCGUGGAUCGCUGCAGAAACGGCCCUGGGUUCCACUCAGAUGCCGACGGAGCCGCAUCAGUGCAGGAGAUGCUCAUCCCGGCCAGUAAAGUGGGACUGGUGAUCGGACGAGGAGGAGACACCAUCAAACAUCUACAGGAGAGAGCCGGAGUGAAGAUGAUGAUGAUCCAGGAUGGACCUAUGCCAACAGGAGCAGACAAACCCCUCAGGAUCUCAGGGGACCCGUACAAAGUGCAGGCGGCCCGGGAGCUGGUCCUGGAGGUGAUCCGGGAGAAGGACGGAGACUUCAGAAGAAACGACUUUGGCGCUCGACUCGGAGGAACCUCUGUGGACGUGCCUGUGCCGCGCUUCGCUGUGGGGAUCGUGAUCGGACGAAACGGAGAGAUGAUCAAGAAAAUCCAGAACGACGCCGGGGUCAGAAUCCAGUUCAAAGCAGACGAUGGCAUCAGUCCUGAGCGUGUGGCGAUGGUCAUGGGGCAGAUGGACCGCUGUCAGCACGCCAUCCACAUGAUCAACGAGCUCAUCCAGACCGCGCAGACAGGCGAAGCAAACGGCCCUGGCUCGUCUCUCAGGGGACGGGUUCGGAGUCGUGGGGACUGGCCCAUCGGUUCCCCCGGGCCCCUUCAGGAAGUGACCUACACCAUCCCAGCAGACAAGUGCGGCCUGGUCAUCGGCAAAGGUGGGGAGACCAUAAAGAGCAUAAACCAGCAGUCCGGGGCCCACGUGGAGCUGCAGAGGAACCCGCCGCCCUCCACCGACCCCAGCACCCGCGUCUUCACCAUCAGAGGCACGGCGCAGCAGAUGGAGGUCGCCCGCCAGCUCAUCGACGACAAGAUCGGGGUCUGUGCCUCACCCCAACGACACCGACCUCACCUCACUCAUCACACGGACUCUGACCCGGACUCUCGAAACUUUACUCUGUCUAAUUAGUGUCCGAUACUGAUACUCGACAUGAUUGUAUUCUCCGAUACCGAUACCAGCCCGAUACCACAGAGUGUGAAGAAGAACACUCAUCAAUUUUAAAGUUCUUGAGCAAAAAAUAAAAGGCUUUCUCUAAAGAAAAUCUACAA